AUGGAGAGUAGAUUCAGUGUUUUGAACGACACAGACGUCCUCUCGCGAUUUUCCAACGCCGAAAACAUUUUUCACACCGAAAGGUCUAAGACGCUGUUUGAGGAGAUCCGUGCCUCCAUAAACAACAAUGACGAAGAGGACCGAGCCUUCUGGAGGCCUGUGCUCCCCUGGGGGGGCGUCUUCCCCAUCAAGGCGGGACGGAAGGCCGUCUCCUGCAUUCCCCUGUACGUGGAGAUCCAGCUGAAAAACACCUGCACCAUUGACGGCUUCCUCAUGAUCCUGUACGUGAUCCUCCGGGACAACCAGGGCUUCCACAGGGAGCUGGCCGUCUUCCUGGGCAAACAGUUCGUGGACCACUUCCUCUACCUGAUGGACUCCUGCGACUACGCCACCGUGAAGAUGCUGUGGAUCUGGAACAGGAUGUCGAAGAGACAGUACCGCUCGGAGAUCCACCAGGCCGCGCUGGAGAUCGACCUGUUCGGGAACGAGCACCAGAACUUCACCGAGAACCUGGAAAACCUCAUGUCCACCGUGCAGGAGAGCCUGUGCACCAACUGGAGCUGCCCCGUGCGCUUCCAGGACCUAAUCAAAACCACCAUCAGCAUCAGUCCGCAUCACGAGCUUCCUCAGAGAGACCCGAUCCAGUCGGCCGUGGAUGAAUUUUUCUGCCCGAAGCUGCUUCUCUGCUCAGAACAGGGGUGCGACGGCUUAAGGGAGUUUUCCCAGCGGGUGUUCUGCCAUGGCCCCCCUCCCUUCGUCAUCCUGAACAUGCAGCAGUGGAGGUCGGAGGACCUGUCCUACGUCCCCUACCAUCUGGCCCUCUGUCAGCACAGAUACCUGCUGGAGGGCGCCACGCUCUUCAACAAGGAGGAGCACCACUACUCGGCUGCCUUCCACCUGGACGGCUGCUGGAUGCACUACGACGGCCUGAGGAGCGACAACCUGAUCCUGCUGCACAAGCCGCCCGAGCUCCUGCUGCUGUCCUCCCUGGUCUACAUCCGCUCCCCGGACAAGUGA